UCGCUCUCACUCUCCAGGCCUUCCUCGCUCCCCUGGCCGCAGUCCGUGCGCGCAGGCGGUGGCGAGCGGUCUUGGACGCAGCAUGCAGGCGCGCUACUCGGUGUCCGACCCCAACGCCCUGGGAGUGGUGCCCUACUUGAGCGAGCAGAAUUACUACCGGGCAGCGGGCAGCUACGGCGGCAUGGCCAGCCCCAUGGGCGUCUACUCAGGCCACCCGGAGCAAUACGGCGCGGGCAUGGGCCGCUCGUACGCGCCCUACCACCACCACCAGCCCGCGGCGCCCAAGGACCUGGUAAAGCCGCCCUACAGCUACAUAGCUCUCAUAACCAUGGCGAUCCAGAAUGCGCCAGAGAAGAAGAUCACCCUGAACGGCAUCUACCAGUUCAUCAUGGACCGUUUCCCCUUCUACAGAGAGAAUAAGCAGGGCUGGCAGAACAGUAUCCGCCACAACCUUUCGCUCAAUGAGUGCUUCGUCAAGGUGCCUCGCGACGACAAGAAACCUGGCAAGGGCAGCUACUGGACGCUGGACCCYGACUCCUACAAUAUGUUCGAGAACGGCAGUUUCCUGAGGCGCCGGCGGCGCUUCAAAAAGAAGGACGUGCCCAAGGAGAAGGAGGAGCGGGCCCACCUCAAGGAGCCGCCCCCGGCAUCGUCCAAGGGCGCCCCGGCUGGGCCCCCCCUAGCGGACGCCCCCAAGGAGGCCGAGAAGAAAGUGGUGAUCAAGAGCGAGGCUGCAUCGCCGGCGCUGCCGGUCAUCACCAAGGUGGAGACGCUGAGCCCCGAGAGCGCGCUGCAGGGCAGCCCGCGCAGCGCGGCCUCCACCCCAGCGGGCUCUCCGGACCGCUCGCUGCCAGAGCAUCACGCAUCGGCGCCCAACGGGCUGCCCGGCUUUAGCGUGGAGAACAUCGUGACGCUGCGAACGUCGCCGCCGGGCGGCGAACUGAGCCCCGCGGCCGGGCGCGCUGGCCUGCUGGUGCCCCCGCUGGCGCUGCCCUACGCUGCCGCGCCGCCUGCAGCCUACGGUCAGCCGUGCGCUCAGGGUCUGGAGGCGGGGGGCGCGGGGGGCUACCAGUGCAGCAUGCGCGCCAUGAGCCUAUACACCGGGGCCGAGCGGCCGGCGCACAUGUGCGUCCCGCCCGCCCUGGACGAGACCCUCUCGGACCACCCGAGUGGCCCCGCAUCACCGCUGAGCGCCCUCAACCUCGCUGCCGGCCAGGAGGGCGCGCUCGCUGCCGCGGGCCACCACCACCAGCAUCACGGCCACCACCACCCACCGGCRCCGCAGCCCCCGCCCGUUCCUCAGCCCCAGCCCGCGCCGCAGCCCGGGUCGGCCGCGGCCCCGGCGGCUUCCUGGUAUCUCAACCACAGCGGGGACCUAAACCACCUCUCUGGCCACACGUUCGCGGCCCAGCAGCAGACUUUCCCCAACGUCCGGGAGAUGUUCAACUCUCACCGGCUGGGAAUCGAAAACUCGACCCUCGCGGAGUCCCAGGUGAGCAAUGCGAGCUGUCAGCUGCCCUACAGAGCCACGCCGUCCCUCUACCGCCACGCGACCCCCUAUUCCUACGACUGCACAAAAUACUGAAGCGCCCCAGCCCUUCCCUGCUCUGGGCCUCGCCUCCAGACGCGACCCUGUCCGACUGCGAAGGCUGCAGACAGUGACGCACAAAGAAACAAACCAUGCCCACCGACUCUUUCUCAGACCCGGGAACCGAGAGCUCGUGCGCCCGCCUCCAGCCGUCUGCGAAGCGUCCAUGAAGCGUGCAGGUAACUUUAGUCCGCGGCCCCGUUUCUGAGAUCCCAGG